AUACUGUUGAUAAGAAAUUCCAAUUAUUAGAACUAUCGUACAAUACUGAAAGAUUGGACUCAUUGAAAAUCGAAAAUGGAUUCGUGGCUCCCAAAUACAAUGUUGCUAUAGAAUCUAUGAACGCAACUGUACACGAAGGUGAACCACAUAAUAGGAGAAAUUUCCUAAUUCAUCCCUACUUUAUUGACUCUAGAGACUUUCGGAAUAACAAAUAUACAUGGCAUUCUCUAGGGUUGGGUUGUAUUCGGAUCCAACUCGCACAACCUUAUAUACUUAGUUCAAUGAGAAUGCUGCUUUGGGAUGAUGAUGACUUAUUCUACAGUUACACCGUAGAAGUUUCUAUCAAUAACCAGGAUUGGGUAAUGAUCAUGAACAAUUCUAUGGAAAAGGCACAUGGUUGGCAGGUGUUGCAUUUUAAACCAAGGCCAAUGGUAUUCAUUCGUAUUACUGGCUUGCGCAAUUCAAUAGGCUCCUUUUUUCGUUGUGUAUAUUUUGAGGCUCCCGCUCAAAAACCAUUACAUUCCCCCUACCCAGACCGUCAUGUUGUAACACAUUAUGCGGAGAACAACGAACCAUAUAUUACUAUGGCAGAAGCACCAGGUCAACAAAAUGAGGAGACAGCAGACCAACAAGACAAUGAUCCAGGGAACCGAUGCUCAAUUAGUUGA